UUUAUUUUUAGGAUUGGUUUGGGAAAAGGUGAGAAGUUAACAAAUAUACAUGUAUAUAUAUUAGAAUAUUAUCAUUUUUAGAAAUAUCGAUUGGAUUUUAAACGAUUUACAUUAUAAAUUGUGUUUUUCAAAUGAAAAAUUGAUUUAAAGCUGUUGAAUACAGUUUGUGAUGAAUUUGAUGAAAAGAAACUGAAAGUUUUUUUUUUCUUUUUCCAAAGUAAUUUACAUCUUCAAAGGAUGUGGGUGGGGUGACUGUGAGGCAGGGGUGGUGCUGGCAUCCAGUCCCCCCUGACAUGUAACAGACGUCUGGAUCACAUUUAAAACACGUGUUCCUGUUCUAACUCUGUUAGUUUAGAUGACCUCAGAGGAACGGAGGCUGUUAGAGGAUUCAGUGGGAUGGGGAGUCACAUAGAGGAAAAGAAGAAACGAGUAAAUCAAAAGUUAACAUGCAGCUUUUAAAUGCUUUUAAAAUUAGCAUGCAAUUUUUAAAUUCUAAAAAUUAUACCCUGAAAAACAAAAAAUUGGUUUUUUUAAUUAACUAAAAUAAGUUUUGACCAAUCAUACACAAAAGUGGGCUCUGAAAUGUAAAAAAACAACUCUGAAGUGUUGUAAGAAACAAAGUUUAAACAGUCCUGACUGUUGUUUUUCUGAGGUGAUUUUACUGGGCUCAUCGUUUAACUGGACGGCUGAUUUACUGCACCAACGCGUGAGGAGAGAGUGUUUUAAAGCCACCUCUCCAUUUGGCUGGUGGGUGUCUGUCGCUGUGACAGGUCACAUCUGACUCAGACUCAACAGGGCUGUGCGUCUGGAAGAUCAAGAGUUUGCACAUACCUGCUCGGGGAGGACAGAGUGUGUGGUCUGACGGACUCACUUGGUCUGGAAAACAGAUUCAGAGAGGCAGCAGCCAGUUUGGAGAGCUUUCACAGCAGCACUUUGAGACAACAGCAGUGAGAGGAUGAGGAUGAAACCGACUCUUUGCAGAGCCUCUUUUUUGGUGACUUUGCUUGUGGAGCUCUGCUGGAUUAAUACGGGACACAGCAUGCACAGGAAGGGAAGUGAGCAAGCAGUGAAGCAGUGGGAGAGGGAAGUGCGCUCCUGUUCCAGCCUGGAUGAACUUCUGCGGCUCACAGACUUCCCUGACUGGAAGCUGUGGAAGUGUCGAUUGAAACUGCAGCCUCCAGAGAACCCAGCAGAGGCGCUUUCUUCUCCGCUUUCAGUGGGAUCACACCGCUCCACUCGCUAUGCCGCCGAGUCCUACAGCCUGGAGAUACUAAAAGCCAUAGAUGAGGAGUGGCAGCGUACUCAGUGCAUGCCCAGGGAGGCAUGUGUUGAUGUGGCCAAAGAGCUGGGAACUGACCCCUCCAUCUUCUUUAAGCCGCCCUGUGUGUCUGUGCACAGGUGUAGUGGCUGCUGCAAUCAAGAAGGCCUAACCUGCAAGAACACAACGACUGUUUAUGUGAAUAAAACUAUCUUCAGUGUCAUUCCUUUCAAGUUCAUACCAGAACCGGUGCUCGUUAGAGUGGCGAACCACACCGAGUGCAGGUGCAUGGAGCCCGCAAUAAUACGACGUCACGCUCAACCUCAAAGGAGCAGUGACUGCUUUCCCUUCAGCAGGCUGCCGGAGGCGGAGGACUCCAAGAGGCUGUGUGCCACCGGGUUCAUUUGGGAUUGUUCGACUGAAAGGUGUAUACCGUAUCCUUCUAGCGCACCAGAGCCUGCCCUCAGCUCGUGGAUGCCAGAUUGUGAAAUAGACGUGGAACACUGCGGGUGUCUUCCCAGACCAAAGCCCAUUCUCCAGCCCAGACAAAUCUAUCACUGUCAGCUGAACUCCUCCAUCUGUGCCAGCAGGCACCAACGUUUUGAUAAGGCCUCAUGCAGAUGCAGACUGCCCAAGUAGAGGUCCCCUGAGGAAAAGCAAGGACAAACUGCCUAUAGAAAGGGCAGCGAGAAAAGCAAUGUUAUUUAUUUAAGGCCCUAUUUAUGCAAAUCACUCUAACUAAUUAUAUUAACUCAGUGACCAUGUUAAGUAAUUUUUAACAUGCUUAUUUCAAUCCAAAUGUGAAGAGAAUGAUUAUGUUCUUGUGCACUGAAUUAAUAGUUUACAUUAAAAUGAUAUUGUUUUGAUCACA